CCGGCCACUACCCUUUGUUCCCCCACCAUCUAAACCACCCCUAGAAAGAAGCCACGCCAUCAACUUCCGUCCUCCCCUAAUCUCCGCGCGUCGUAAUCCUCAGCCCAUACCAUCACCGGCCACGACGGACGGCGGGCGACAAUCAUGGCCGGCCGGCGGCCUCUACCGCUCUUCCUGGCGCUGGUCUUCCUCGCGGCACCUCCCGACGCCGCGCGCUCGUCGGAGGACGCCGACGUCCUCCUUGACUUCAAGGCUGCCAUGUCCGAUCCCACCGGCGCUCUCCGGAGCUGGGUGCCCAGCUCCGCCCCGUGCGGCAACGGCACCGCAAGCUGGGCCGGAAUCAUCUGCGACCACGACGGCAGCGUCUCGGGGUUGCGACUCGAGGGCAUUAGCCUCUCCGGCUCGUUAAACGUCGCCUUCCUCGGGCGCUUGCCGAGGUUGCGCACUCUCAGCUUCACGAACAAUAACUUCGAGGGGGCGAUGCCCGACGUCGGGAGGCUCGGGAACUUGAGAGCAGUAUACCUGUCGACGAACAAAUUCUCCGGCGAGAUCCCCGACGAUGCCUUCGCCGGCAUGAACUGGCUCAAGAAACUCUAUCUCUCCCAUAAUGGCUUCUCGGGCUCCAUCCCGGCGUCCAUUGCGGCAUUACCCAAACUUCUGGAGCUGGGGCUGGACGACAACAGGUUCGGUGGUGAGAUCCCGGACCUGCAGGUGAAGCAAAUGAAUCGGGUGAACCUGUCGAACAAUGACUUGGAAGGGCGCAUACCGGAUGUCCUCAGGAAGAUGGACGCGGAUGUCUUCUCGGGCAACAAACGCCUGUGCGGUGAACCUCUUCGAGUCCCAUGCCAGCCGCCGUCGCCGUCGCUAUCCACGAUGUCGCCAUCCACGUCGUCGCGAGGCUCAGCUCAUCAUCCGAUCAUCUUCACGACGAUUGCGAUCGGCCUCGUCGUAGCAGUCGUCGCGGCGAUAUUCCUCGUGCCCCGCCGUCGGCAAACGGGGGAUGAUGGACUCGGGCAGUCUCUGCCACCGGAGAACUCAAAGUUUGCAUCAUCUGAGGAGGAAAAGCUAGAAGCGGGAGUGGCCGGAUGCCACCGUGGGGGGGGCGGCAGCGGGAAGAAGGUCGCCAAGGACCACGAGCAAGGGCGGCUGGUCUUCGUGAGGGAGAACAGGGUAAGUUUCCAGCUGCAGGACCUGCUCAAGUCCUCAGCUGAAGUGCUCGGAACCGGGAACUUUGGGUGCUCCUACAAAGCCACCUUGUCGAACGGCGCUUCGGUGGUGGUGAAGAGGUUCCGGCACAUGAACAGGGUGGGGAAGGGGGAAUUCGAAGAGCACAUGAGAAGGUUGGGGAGGCUGUGCCACCCCAAUCUGCUGCCACUGGUGGCUUACUACUACAGGAAGGAUGAGAAGCUAUUGGUCACAGACUACAUGGCUAAGAGGAGCCUGGCCAAUGCCCUCCAUGGCUGCCGUGCAUCAAACAUUCCGGCAUUGGACUGGUCCACACGACUAAAAGUAGUCAAAGGAGUAGUCAAGGGACUAAAUUACCUCAAAGAAGAGCUGCAGAUGCUAAGUGUUCCCCACGGCCAUCUGAAAUCCUCCAAUGUUCUUCUCGACGAUUCGCUCGAGCCACUACUGACGGACUAUGCCCUCCUCCCCGUGAUGAACCAGGCUCACUCGGGGCAGUUCAUGGCCGCCUACAAGUCGCCCGAGUGCAAGCAGCAGGGAAGAACAUCAAAGAAGAGCGAUGUUUGGAGCUUCGGAGUACUGAUACUGGAGAUCCUGACGGGGAAGAUCCCCACCACGGAGUUGGGGCAAGAGAAGGGGGGCUUAGAUUUGCAAGGAUGGGUGUAUUCAGUCACCCAGGAAGAAUGGAGCAGCAAAGUGUUGGACAGUGAGCUCAAAGCAACAAAGGACAGCGAGGGACAGAUGCACAAACUGAUGCAGAUUGGAUUGGCUUGCUGCAGGGAAGACAUUGAGAACAGAUGUGAGCUGGAAGAAGCUCUUGACAGGAUUGAGGAACUGAAGGGGGGAGACACAAACGAAGACUGUGCGAGAAUCCUCGCUACGGACGGAGAGAACGAUCUUUCGACCGUUGACAUCAAAUGAGAAUUAAUCACAGUGAGAAAAAUUGAUAAGAGAUGGAGUUAGAAAUGAAGCAAUCCACAAUGCAAGAGGGGAUAGACCUAGCUAUUGGUUCUGUAACAUUGAGGAGAGAGUUAAAAGUGGUAGGAAUCAUGAAAGAAUGGUUUUGUUCUAGGAUCCAAACACAUUUAUCUAAUAUUUUUAGCACCUUUUAAUGCUCACUUCUCCUAGUUUCCACA